AUGACAGAUGUGUUUACUAUCUACAUGGACACAAAUGGUUUUAAGGAACACCUGAGUGAGGAUGUCAAGGGAAUGUUGAGCUUAUAUGAAGCUGCACAUUUAGCUUCAGAAGGUGAAAGCAUACUAGAGGAGACCAUACUAUUCACAAAAAGAAAACUCUCUGAAGGGAUCAACAACAAUGUAGAACUUAGAAAUCAAGUAAAAAGCUCCCUGGAGAUUCCAUUGCAUUGGAGGAUGGAGAGAUCAGAAGCUAGGUGGUCCAUCAAUGAAUAUAAAGAUGCACAAGAUAUGAACCGUGUUUUCUUGAAAUUGGCUGAAUUAAAUUUCAAUAUAUACCAAGCCACACACCAGGAAGAUCUUCGAAAUAUGUCAAGGUGGUGGAGGAGUCUCGGUGUCGCUAGCAAACUGAAUUUCGCAAGAGACAGGCUAGUUGGGAGUUUCUUAUUUAGCAUUGGGAUUUCAGCAGAGGCAAAGAGCCAACGUUGCACAGAAUGGCUCACAAAAGUCAUGAAUUUUGUGCUAAUUAUUGAUGAUAUAUACGACGUUCAUGGUUCAUUAGAAGAACUCGAGAUAUUUGCCGAUGUCGUUGAAAGGUGGAAUACCAAGGACAUGGAAAAGCUACCGAUCUAUAUGAAAAUAUGUUUCUUAGCGCUUUACAAUACAACUAACGAAAUGGCUUUUGAGGUACUGAAAGACCAAGGCCACGACAUCUUACCUUACUUAACCAAAUCAUGGGAAAAUUUCAUAAAAGCGAUGCUAGUAGAGGCGAGGUGGUGUAACAAGGGAUAUACACCGACGGUUGAGGAAUAUUUGUCAAACGGCUGGCUUUCCUCAUCUGGUUCGGUGUUUCUAGUUCAUGCAUUUUUCGCAACCAAACAACGAAUCACAACUGAUGUUCUACGAGCUCUAGAAGACAAUCAUAAUCUUUUGUAUUGCGCUUCCAUGAUUUUCCGACUUUCCAAUGAUCUUGCAACUUCGUCGGCGGAGAUAGAAAGAGGUGAUGUCUCCUCAUCAGUACAUUGUUACAUGCGUGAAAUGAGCAGUUCCGUAGAGGAUGCACGUUUGUAUAUAAGUGGACUUAUCAUGGAUACAUGGAAGAAAAUGAACGAGUCUAUCAUCGACACAACAUUCGAUCUUCCUUUUAUUCGCAUAGCUUUAAAUCUUGCACGAACAGCAAUGUUUUUCUAUCAAUAUGGGGAUGGGCUUGGAGUUGAAGACGGUAAAAGUAAAGAUCAUGUUUUAUCUUUGAUUGUUAAUCCAAUAUAA